AAAUCCACAAGUGUCUGUCUGCUACAGCAACGGCUGCAUAAAUUAUCAGUUUUAUUGAUCAGAAGAUGGAUUCUACUCUUAUACGAAUCUACACUGUCCGAUUUGAAAGACAAAAUUAAGAGUUACCCGGACUUUCCUAAAGAGGGAAUUGUAUUUCGAGACAUAUUCUCUGUUCUGAGAGAUCCAGCAUGCUUAAGGAACAUCCUUGAUCUUAUGGUGGCAAAGAUUGAACUUCUUAAAUGGACUGAUGUUGAUGUAGUAGUUGGGUUAGAAUCCAGAGGUUUCAUACUUGCACCUUUACUAGCUGUGAAACUGAAUGCUGGAUUUGUCCCUGUUCGUAAGAAGGGUCGUUUGCCUGGGGUAUGCAAAGAAAUUGCAUAUACUUUAGAGUACAGGAGUGAUGUGCUAGAAAUACAGCAAGAUAGUAUACAUCAAGGACAGCGUGUACUAAUUAUUGAUGACCUGAUUGCAACCGGAGGAAGUUUAGGGGCAACUUGCAAGCUUCUUAGUGGUCUAAAUGCUAAUGUAGUUGGAUGCUUAGUUCUUUUAGAAUUGGAACAGCUGCAUGGGUCAAAAAAUGUGGAAGCCCCUGUUGAAUCAUUGAUUACUUUUUGAUUGAAAGUAUAUAUUCCAAAGGCAUUCCAUUGCAUCAGAUGUUGUUAUUUUUAAGAUUUGUAUUCCAUUGUUAAAUUUGUUAUUACAUGACAAUGAGAUGGGGAAAACAGUUAAAAACCACCACGUAAAGCCAACACCAAAUGCAAUACAGAUCCUCCUUGGACUUUAUAAUCAGCA